AUGAUCUUCAAAAGACAACCGCUACCUGAAGACCCAGACAUCCAAUCAAUCAGUUGCCGUUUCGAUAUUGAAAAAUGGCCAACGCUAAAAUUGUAUCUUGAUCUCGAAGCUGAGUCGCUUAAGCCACACCAAGUUGCUGACUUGGGCGUGAUAUUCGACAAAUUGGACACACUGGCCGACGUGUUCUCUAAACGAGUCAAUGGAGCACACAUGUUGGACAAACCAGAUUUUGAAAGGAGAAUGCGAAUCCUCUCGCCCACAAAUCCGGAUAACACACGCACUGUUGCCGUGACUACAUCGCCGUGA